UAAGUUCAUAACUCUCUCUCUCUCACACACACACUGUUCCCCCAAAAGAACAAAACACCUCCCUCUCCCUCGCCCUAUUACUUUUUCAGUUUCUUGUAGGAUACCCACCUACUCUGUCUGGACAACCCACUAGAAAACUCAUUUGGAAACAGUGUGAUUUUUAUAGAAAGAAGACAAUCAACAUUCAUAUAUGUGGGAGAUUUAGAGAGAGAAUAUACAUAGAUUUGGAGAGAGAGACAGCCGGAAAUGCAGUUGAAGCUGGCCAUCCCAGCUCAUUUCCGGCGAUAAAAGCGAGAUAGAAAAGAUACCCACCUCAAAAAAUGCCAGAACCAGUCUUAGUAUCAACACCAACGGCUUCUACUGUUGAUGAAGAAAUCAAGGCAUCCACCACCACCGCUACCACCACCACCACGCUACCACCACCACCACCAACGCUACCACCAUAGGCGCAAAGAAGAAGAAACCAUCAGACCCAGAAGUUGUUGAAAUAGAUUUUGAGACCAAAGCCAAGCCCGUUUUCUUACCACCCCGUAGCCGAUCCCAAUCCGCUUCUCGCCGUGUUACACCCACAAGCACCAGCUCAACCAACUUUUUUGGAUCUACCACCACCGGCACUAACGUGGAGAAACACCUCCGCAACGGAGAUCUGUAUAAGGGUUCAUUCUCCGGCAACGUUCCACACGGAUCCGGGAAGUAUUUGUGGGUCGACGGGUGUAUGUAUGAGGGUGAGUGGAAAAGAGGGAAAGCAUCGGGCAAAGGCAAGUUUUCUUGGCCUUCGGGUGCUACUUUUGAGGGUGAUUUCAAAUCUGGAAGAAUGGAGGGUUCUGGGACUUUUAUCGGCCCUGAUGGGGAUACAUAUCGAGGGUCAUGGUCUGGAGAUCGAAAACAUGGGUACGGUGUGAAGCAUUACAGUAAUGGAGAUUACUAUGAGGGGACAUGGAAGAGAAAUUUGCAAGAUGGGCAAGGGAGGUAUGUGUGGAGGAAUGGAAAUGAGUACAGUGGUGAGUGGAAAAAUGGAGUGAUUAAUGGAAGAGGAGUUUUGAUUUGGGCUAAUGGGAAUAAAUAUGAUGGGAAUUGGGAAAAUGGGGUUCCAAAAGGACAUGGGGUUUUCACUUGGCCAGAUGAGAGUUGCUACGUUGGUUCUUGGAGCAAAGAGUCCAAUUCUGGAUCCAGAAAUCAGCAAAUGUUGAAUGGGACUUUUUAUCCCGGGAACACUAGUGUUGUUGGGAAGGGAGAGAAAUUUGGGUUUAGCAAUAAGCUUGUGGCUCCAUUAAUGGAUGAGAACUGUGGGUUGGUGGUGGCGAAGAAGAGGUCCUCGGUGGAUGGGUCUAGGGGGAGUGUGGCGGAGAGGGCUUUUCCAAGGAUUUGUAUAUGGGAAUCUGAUGGUGAGGCUGGGGAUAUUACUUGUGAUAUAAUUGAUAAUGUGGAGGCUUCUAUGUUUUAUCACGAUGGUUUACGAUUGGAUCGAGAUAAUAUUAGGCAGUUUCGGAGGAAUCCUUGUUGUUUUACUGGGGAAGAGAAGAAGCCAGGGCAGACUAUAUCUAGAGGGCAUAAAAACUAUGAUUUGAUGCUUAAUCUCCAAUUGGGUAUUAGGCAUUCAGUUGGCAAGCAUGGCUCCAUAAUACGUGACCUUAGGCCGAGUGAUUUUGAUCCAAAGGAGAAGUUUUGGACAAGGUUUCCUCCUGAAGGAUCAAAGAUUACGCCACCCCAUCAAACCGGGGAGUUCCGAUGGAAAGAUUAUUGCCCCGUGGUGUUUAGACGUUUGAGGGAGCUAUUCCAAGUAGAUCCUGCGGAUUAUAUGCUUGCCAUUUGUGGGAAUGAUGCUCUUAGGGAGCUUUCGUCCCCUGGGAAGAGUGGAAGCUUCUUUUACUUGACACAGGACGAUAGAUUUAUUAUAAAAACAGUGAAGAAAUCAGAAGUCAAGGUGCUUAUCAAGAUGCUCCCAAGUUAUUACCAGCAUGUUUGCCACUAUGAAAAUUCCCUUGUCGCGAAGUUCUUUGGUGUCCAUUGUGUCAAACCAGUGGGUGGCCUCAAGACGCGGUUUAUUGUGAUGGGGAAUCUUUGCUGCUCGGAAUAUCGAAUACAUAGACGAUUUGACCUAAAAGGAUCCUCCCAUGGCCGAACAACAGAUAAGCCUGAGGGGGAGAUUGAUGAAACCACCACCCUCAAGGACCUUGACCUCAACUAUGUGUUCCGCCUCCAGGGAAACUGGUUCCAAGACCUGAUCAAACAAAUUGACCGAGACUGUGAAUUCUUGGAAGCGGAGAGAAUCAUGGAUUACAGUCUUUUAGUUGGUCUUCACUUCCGUGAUGACAAUACAGGCGAUAAAAUGGGUCUGUCACCAUUUCUGUUGCGCACGGGAAAGAAGGAUUCAUAUCAAAAUGAAAAGUUCAUGCGUGGCUAUCGAUUCCUUCAAGCAGAGCUACAAGACAGGGAUCGGAUUUUAUCUGGCAGGAAACCAUUGAUCCGGUUGGGAGCCAAUAUGCCUGCAAGAGCAGAGCGAGUGGCUCGAAGGAGCGACUUUGAUCAGUACACACCGGGUGGGUUCAGCAAUUUGACCCCUUCACCUAGUGGGGAAGUUUACGAAGUUGUCCUCUACUUUGGGAUCAUUGACAUUUUACAAGACUAUGACAUCAGCAAGAAGCUAGAGCAUGCAUACAAAUCCUUACAAGCUGACCCUGCCUCAAUAUCAGCUGUCGAUCCAAAGCUAUAUUCCAAGAGAUUUCGAGAUUUCAUUGGGAGAAUAUUUGUAGAAGACAGGUGACACUGGGGAGGCGAAAUGCAAAGUGGAAUUCAAGUUUGUUGAAUUGUCAGGGUACACGGAUUGAUUCUAGAAAUCCCACGCAGUCAGAGGGGUAUGAGGAAUUAUGGGGCUCUCGGUGGUGGUGAUGAAGGGAUGGAUCACACUGGCUGAGAUCGGGCAGUUGUGAAGAUGCUGUAGUGGGUCAGAUUGACUCGGAUUGUGGGGGGUGCUCAUGGCUGAAUUUUGUGGAUCAUUCAUAAUGUUGGAAGGGAUAACUUGAUUGUACAUCCAAGGGGAGGAGAAAUUGGAUUGAGAUGCCUUUCUUUCUUUUUUUUAUCCCCAUUUAUUUUUUUCUUAAACCAAGGACUGUGAAGAUUUGAAAUUUGAAAUAGAGGUAUAGGGAACAGAGAGAAGAGUAGGUUCCAUGUGGGAGGGGACUGGGAAUAAAGAAGUGUACAGCUUACGGAAAAGUUUGGAUAGGUUAUGGUAUUUAUGAAUUCCCGGUGGAAUAUAUUUUUUGUAAUUGUCUAUUUCUGAUUUAUAUUAAUGGGGUCUCUGU